AUGUGAAAGCAUAUUCCAGGUCCGAUCAAACCCUUGGCCUCAGGCAUCGGCCCCACGAGGGGUGGCUUGAAGCGCGGUGGGGAGGCGAUCUUCCAUGGUGGCGAGGCGGUGAGAAUCAUCAAUUGGGUUUCUCGAUGAGAUUGAUCAAAGAUGAGGUUUAAGCAAGGUCGAUGCUUUUACCCUCCCUGUUUUUUCCAGACUCUGUUUGAUUAUGUUGUUUUUGCGUGUCAAAUUUUGAUUCUUAAUUCAUAAAUUCGGCCCUCUGUUAAGAGUUUCCGCUCUCAUGUUGAGGGAAUUCGUUCCCUAAGAUUGGAGCCGCCGCUGGGCGCUCCCAGAGCCUGUUUCCCCUCUUCUUUCGACCUGAUCUAAUCUGUACAUACCAUUUCCUUCGAUUUCUCUAGUUUUCUAUCUAUUUGCCUUUAAGUUUUGUGUCUAUGUCGAAAAUACCCAAAGAUAGAUGCUGCAGGUUUUACCUAAUUACCAGCCCUAAAUCUGCAAAUCAAAUACCCAACCUUAAAUCAUGCCUUAUGAUGUCAGUCAUGCUUGCUCAACGUCUUGAUGAAAGCUAUCUUGCCGAGAGAUGGAAUGGAUCCUUGAAUGUUCUGGGCAUUUCAGGUGACUCUCCUUUCAGAUUAUUUCCACAGGAUUCUCUGUUAUGUGGGUUUUCAUAGAUGUGAAUGGCAGAGUUUGGAUCAUGGCUCUUGUUUUCAUGAAUUUUAUCUAAUGUUAGGAAUGUUUUGCCUGAGUUUGGUGCCUUACGGUAUUAUCAAAUGUGUUGGAGAGGUGGGUAUAGUUCAAUUGUCACUGGCAAAACUAUAUGCCUUUUCUUAUAUGGGGAUUGUGACAAACUUUUUGGUUUGAGGAUGUUUUUAAUUAUCAAAUCUCUGUUUCUGUUCCAAAGGAGAUUAUUGAGUACGUGAUUGUUGUGGUGUUCAAUCUUAGUGAUGCUCAAUCUCCAGGAUAUGGCUUUGUUGAUGGCAUGGGUGUGGUUUUAGGUGGGUAUGGCAGCCCAGUUUUGGAUUCUUUAUUUUCGUCUUUGCUAGUAUAUGUGCCUUUAGAAAUAUAAAGAAAAAAACAGUUAUGGCCCUAGGUCCUGUUGUGUCUCAAAUUCAAAAAAACAAAAAAUAUGUCCUGUGUUUUCUACUUUUCUUCCCUGGGAGUGGUGUGAGUUAUGGACAUACUAGGAGCAAAGCUAAGGUUCCAUGGAAUUGAAGUCUCCUUAACUUUAGGAGUGAAAUAAAAGCGUGAGGUAAAUCAGGAUUCUACCAUCAAAAUAACUUUGGGAUGAGGUGAAUGUCCUUGUUCUUUGUCCUCAUUGUUAUUUUAGUGUCAAUUUGUAAAGCUUUGAAUUUUGAAAGAUAGCCAUGCAAUUUGCUAAUUUCACAGUGCUUAGAUAUGUCCUUUUCUCUUUCUUUUCUUUUUUUUUUAAUAAUGAUAUUUAGCAUUU